GUCACAUGACCAUGCGCGUGGCCGUGAUUAACUGUGGUGUGCGUCCCUCUUUCUGCUGUCACACACGCUCAUCUUUCUGGAUUAAAGAUGAUCUCUUUAAAACAGUGAAUCAAAGACUCGUUUGGAAAUCAAGUUUUUGUUAUAGAAUAAUGGUCAAGGUCUCAGGCUUUUGAUACUGGUACACAUCCCUAUGGAUCAAGCAUGUCUGGAAUGGAGCUCCAGCAGGACAAAAGUGAGCAUGUCCAAAUGAGCAGUAGCUUCAGGAGACGGACAAGUGCUGAGAUAGUGUCAGAGGCUCGUCGCUCUCUCAGAAGUCUUGCCACACAGCGACCUUUCACACCUCAGGAGAAGCACCGGCAGCUCUUUGGAGAAUCAUCUUCUCGUGCACAUGAUGGACGACCACCAUCUGCAUUCAGUCUUCAUGGCCAACAUUUUGAAGUUCCUGACUCCAGGCCCGGCUCUGGAACUCGCCUCAGCCCAUUGGAUCAUAAACCCAGGCUGUCUCUGUCCCUGGAUAAGGAUGGCUGUGACGAUGAAGCAACUCUCCCCAAACCCCCAGCUGAACGAGGGAAUACCAGGAUAGGAUCUGGAGGCUCUCGUGCCAGACUGCUUAGAGCAGCAUCGAUCAACAGACUUCCACCCAUGACGCCACACACAAAGAAUAUGUCUCUAGAGGCAAGGAUCGGAGUAGACCAACCAGAUGACAGAGAAAAGCUACAUUGUGCUGAAGUUACAGAGCAUAAAACAAAAUCAUCCUCAGAAUCUGACCUGCACACACUUAUCAAACACAGCAGGAUACCGCAAACUGAUGUUUCCAGUGAAAAAGAGUUGAAACCAGAAACCAGGCUUGGGUAUGGAGACACCAGUGAUGACAACAUGGAUGAAUCUGUGUUCUGGAACACUAAGGUCCUUCCUGUCCUUCAAGAAUUUGAGUCCUUUGCACCAGGUGAUGGCGUGUCAGAUGAGAUUGUGGGACAGCUGUGUAACUCAUGCAAUGGUCUUCAUGACGCCCUAGCUGAGAGAGGCAUGCUGGGGAGGCAGUGUAAAAAGAGGUCCGCCAUCCUUAGAACACUCUUCAGACUUAUAGAUGUGGGAUCCGACCGACUUAAUCUAACAUUAUCCAAAUUUAUUCUGGCACUCAAUGUGAGUGGAAACAACUUGCUGAACAUCUGCAAACUCGUCUUCAAAAUCAGCCGGAACGCUAGUAAUGACGCCCUGUUCCUCACCGACUCCAUCCUAGACUCUCUUCUGUCUCUGCUACAGUGUGAGGACGUGUGGAGUAAAGGUGAGGCCGUGCUGUACUGUGUCGGCUCACUGAAGCUCCUCUCAGGAAACAGUGCCAUCUCCAGGUUGCUGCUGGCUAAAGGCUUCAUCGGCACACUGCUGCAGCUGUCAAAGAGACUGAUGCAUGGUCCGUCUACAAUUUCAGCUAAUGCAACUGCUCAGAGGUCGGAGGGAGAAGGCCAGCGUAUCAUCGCAGGACACAUACUGGUACAGGUCACAGCAGCUUUGAGAAAUAUAGCUGACCAGUCUGAGUCUCGGCCUUCCUUCCUGUCCAACAAGGCAUUCUUUACUCUUUGCUUGAUUCUGGAGAACCAUCGUAAUGAUCUCGACAUCUGCAUUAAUGUGGCCCGAAUAUUCAGCAAGCUGUCCACCUACACUGAAUGCUGUCAUGCACUAGCUGAGACGCCACGCUGCUGCAGCCUAUUUUUGGACCUUCUAGGCAAACACAGCAGGAAACAGGAUCUCGUAGUGCGUCUCCUGUUCACACUAGGAAAUCUGACAGCCAAGAGCACUGAAGCCAGAGAGAGUAUUUAUGAAGAGGAAGGAGGGAUAGAUGUCCUCUUAGAUCUUUUCCAGGCCUACCAGGAAACACUGUCGCCACCUGAGCAAUGUCAUGCCCCUGAGAGAGAGGACGUCCUGGUCAAACUGAUCAGACUGCUGGCCAACCUGGCCAUCCAUCCCACCGUGGGCACGGCAUUAGCUGCCAACAAAUUGUGUGUGCAGCUGCUACUGGAACUACUGGAGUGCAGGUGUGUGAAGAAGAGUGAAGAGUUAGUGAUUAAUGCUGUGGCCACCAUCAACAACCUGUCUUUCUAUCAGGGUGAAAGCUCAGUGGUCCGUUCCCAGCACACACACAUUUCACAGUUGCUACUAAAGCUCUUGCUGGGCUCCAAUAUGGAUGCUGUUUUGGAGGCCACACGUGUUUUUGGAAAUCUGUCACAGAUCAAAGACGUGAGACACUUCAUCAUGCAGCACAAAGUGGAGCAGUUUGUGAUAACCCUCCUGGACUCCAAGACCCCUGAUGUGUGUUUCUCUGCAUGUGGAGUUCUCAUCAACUUAUCUGCAGACCCAGACAACAGGGCUGUACUGAGGGUCGAGGAAACCGUUCAGAAGCUUAUUGACUGUCUGCGUGAUUUCGGGCCUCAGGACUGGCAUCUGGCCGCUGUGGUGUGUCAGACUCUGUGGAACUGUUCUUUAGAUGGAGAGCUGCAACACUCUCAAAAGCUUCUGGAGAUCUUAUGGCUGUACACGGACAGAGGAGCUUUGCAAUGGCCUUCUGAUGAUGGAGUCAGACAGGUUCAGGAAGCAUGCUGGGAGCUGCUCUUUUUGCCUGUUGCUGAGAGGCUAAGACAACGUUUACAUAUUGAAGGCACUACUGGGAUCAUUCAGUAAACUCCACUGAUACACCUUCUCUCCAACCUUCACACACUUAUGUCUGUAUAUGUACACAUACAGACUGAGGAGUGAGCCAGUGUGUAUAUUGCACUUUCAAACAAUAUUCUAUUUAAUGUUGCGAACAUACUUGUUGUGAAUAUUUGUCAAUUACGACCAACAAUAUUUUUUUUUAAUAAAAUACUGUUCAGAUGUUUAUUACUCAACCUGAUGCUGCUGUAUUUACAGUAGUCAAAAUAGGAGAAAGCAUGAAUUGUCAGUCUAGUCUAUGUGAAAAAGGCCACUCUGAUGUACAUGCAAAAAUCACUCAUGAGCAUCUCAGUGAUCUCAAAGACUUUAUUAAACACACUUCCAGAAAAGUCUGUAAAGAACACAGAAUAGAAACAUUGUCAUACUUUCUUAAUACAGUCACAUCAAAAAAAAAUGAUAUAAUAUGGCACUGGCUUCCCUCCUCUUACCCCGAUGGUUACACUUCACAACUACAGUCUAUACAUUAAUAUCAAGUUUACACAGCUGCCUUAGAGUUGACAUGCUUAAAAACCAAUGACCAAAAACACGAUUUGGUGAAUUUUAUUUAAUUAAUUUUCCUCUCAAUCUUCAGUGUGUAAAGUCUGAAGCAAUUUAGCUCCCGCACAGUCUCCAAGGGACUUUUUCAGAAAAGAGCAGGAUAUUUUAUGGUUUGCCUGACUUCUCACAUUAUUAUUUUAAAAUGAGUAACAACUACCCUAUGGUGAUUUCCAUGUAAUGAUCCUUUACUGGCACUGAAUGCAUAUCCACCAGCCUCACAACCACAGAUAAAAACAGGGAAAUUGCCAGCGACACAAGGGAAAAUUUCAUUAUUUAUGCAAACAGGGAUUGUUCUCAGGUCAACAAUGUUACUUCCUUUAAUCCUUGCUGUGAGAAGACGAAUUGCCGCCUUCAACAUUGUGUGUUUAAAUCAUUAGUGCACAGCAGGAGAUGCUUUUCUAUAGGCCUAGUGUCUCUGUGGUGAUGUAUUGUGUUGCUACAAGGCUCUUUAGAGAUGAGUGGAUGUUUAUGGACAUGAAAACAUUGAUUAUGUGACCUAAAAGCUACAUAAAUUAGAUUUUUAUUAGUGUGUUAUUCUUAAUAAGCACAAAAAUAGGAAUAAGAAGACUCAAUUCUUGUGGUAUGAGGUGUUUAGACUGCUCAAAGAUUUUUUGUU